UGAUGAGAGAAGAAAAAAAAUACCCGCGGCUAAAAAUAUUAUUGUGUUGAAAACUACGUACAGAGAUCUGUUAGAAAGGAAGAGAAACUAAGUAAACAUGGCUCGUACCAAGCAAACUGCUCGUAAGUCAACUGGAGGUAAAGCUCCUCGUAAACAGCUGGCCACCAAGGCUGCUCGUAAGAGUGCGCCCUCUACUGGUGGGGUCAAGAAGCCCCAUCGUUACCGCCCCGGUACUGUGGCUCUCCGUGAGAUCCGUCGCUACCAGAAGAGUACCGAGCUUCUGAUCCGCAAGCUGCCUUUCCAGCGUUUGGUCCGUGAGAUCGCUCAGGACUUCAAGACAGAGCUGCGAUUCCAGAGUGCUGCUAUUGGAGCUCUGCAGGAAGCCAGCGAGGCCUAUCUGGUUGGUCUGUUUGAGGAUACCAACCUGUGCGCCAUCCACGCUAAGCGUGUCACCAUCAUGCCGAAGGACAUCCAGUUGGCACGUCGUAUCCGCGGAGAGCGUGCUUAAGCAGCAACUCCCAGAGAGCAGUUGUCUCUUUAUAAUAAUUCCUCGGCAAUUUUCUUAGCCUUGCCAAACUGAUAGAGUAUUUUUACAAGUUUAAAUGUGUGUGGUGUUAUUGUGUUGUUUUCCCCCUUCUUAUUAAUGAUAAAAUGUACAUGUACUUUCUUUCUUAUCUUUGUAAGUGUUUGGUAGUUUUAAGAUUCUUCUUUAGCCUCAACCAAGAUUAUGUCUGAAAUAAUGUGAAAUAUAACUGUACUAAUCCGAGUAUGUUUGUGUCAGAGUAAAAACCUUUCUUGGAACAUUCUUGGAAAAAAGAACAGUUUAAGAGUAAAUGCUUCCAAAAAAUUAGUAAUACCCCUGUUGAUCUGACUCAACAUAUUUUACAGUAUCUAAGCCAUGGCUGUGAACACUUAAGAUACACUGUUUUUUAAACUAGUGAUGUAUGUUUAAACACCUAAAUUUUGUCAACAUCUGCUUGUAAUUAGCUGACCUAAUACCCUUUAUUUAUCCAAACAAAAUAGGAAAUGUUUGAAAAAACUUCAGCAAAUGUUUGUUUAAUUCGUGUGAGCUUCAUUUUCUUCAUUUCACUGAAGUUAUCAUUGUGAAUGGUUACAUCGCAGGUCUUUGUACAUGAAAAAAAUCAGACUAUACUUCUAAUAAAGCCCUUUGCAGAGAUAUUUUAUAGCUACAUACAUAUUUAGAUAAGCCCUUUACUAAUUUUUUAAAACGUGGACCAAACCAAUUGUAAUCAAUCCUGGGUCGAAAUAGACUAAUAAACCUUCUGUACUAGCAAUUUACAGAAGUUGUAAUCAGGGAUUUUCAAAAUUGUAUUUAGUGGACUUGUUUUUCUAUGUACUUGUGGUAGUUAAGUUAUUACUGUCUGUAAGUUGAAGAGUGUGGUUAAAUAUCAUGUUCUGGAUUAAAUUUAGUUUUUAAGCUCAUAUUAAACUAUGGCUAACCUUUUUAUAAAACAGUUAAUUUGUAAAAUUUGGGUAGGUUUGUUUCCUCCCACUUGGAAAAAAUCAUAGUGCGAGCGUGAUUCAAGACGGUUGUGCACACUUCCACUGAUACUAACUACAUAGAACAGUAAACUGACUGAUUUCUUUGUCUUUUUUUCCACUAUUUUGUAUGUGAUCAUUGAACAAAAGUAACAUUGGCAGGCAAGAAUUUGU